CUGCUAUUUAGUUUUUUUUGCCGUUUUAAUCCUCUUGCUGCUUUCACUAGUUAAUUUAAAUGGUCAUGCAGAGUAAAAAAUGAUUUUUUUCUCACAAUAUUCUAUAUAGUCUGCUAUUUUCAAUUAGUAUGAGCUCAUAAAUUCUACCUGCACAAUAAAAGAAUUAACAAAAUGUUGUUUAAAGUAGUUUUCCUGCCAGCUACCCAUAAAAAUCUUCUCUUUUACUUGUAUUGAAAUUCAUCCACUGUAUUGUCCCAACAUCACACUAUUUCCACAUCCUGACCAGCUCUCACCUCUCUCUUCUCCUUCAGCCUGUUUAGGAAACCCUUUGAUGGUGGGAAGAGGACGAUGGAUCAUGGCAGUCAGCAGCCACAGACUCCGCAGAUGCCAGGACCCUUCACAGGUUAUGCGGGACCCCAGGGCCCAUACCCUGGGCAGCACCCAGCCCUGUUACGGCUGGACGAGGUGCAAAGGGAGAUUGCCACCCUGGGUCCACAGGUGUGCUCUUACAGCGGCCUGCAGAGCGACAGGGAGUACAAACGACUGGAGCGAGAGCUGACCCGAUUACUGCUGGAGGUCGAUAAGGUGGAGACGGAGGGCCGGCCGGAGCUUCAGCAGGCUCGGAAGCGUGCGGCAGGAGAGGUGGAGGGUCUGCUUCGCUACCUGGAGGGCAACGCUACGCAUCCGUCUCGGCUGGCCAUUGAGGAGCUGACCCAGGAGGUGCAGAACUUGCUGAAUGAAGGGGUUGUGGGGCCGUUCCGGCAGGGCCAGGCUCAAGAUGCCUUUGAGAUCAGUGAGGAGCUGGUGGAGGCUGUGCAGGAUGUGGCCAUGCGGCUGGCUCAGGUUAAGACGGGUGGAAGUGUCCCUCUCAGGAAGGCCCGUUACAAAGCGCUGACACGGGUCUGUGCCGUACAGGAAUUACUGGAGGGUCGUGUCCGCACUCAAACGCUGGCGCUGCCAUUGUCCGAUGACACGCAUGAGGCUGUGCAGCGUAUUAAUCAAGUCAUGGCGCAGGUGAGUGGUGCCCGGUGCCAGGAAGUGGCUCUGCUGAUGGGUCUGAGUGGGCGUGAUAGCUGUGCCCACCUGGCGAGGAUCCUUACAGAGCUGUUGGUUGAACUGGACGCCCUGGAUGUGUCUAGUAAUGCUGCGGUGAGGAAUUACAGAAAACAAGUGGUGGAGGAGAUCAACGGUCUGCUAAAACAUCUUGACCUGGAAGGAGAAGGAGAGGACACACGCAGGUAUGAUCUAGCGCAGAAUGACUCGAUCCGUGAAAUUGAGGCGAUCAGGGGCCGCGUCUCAGUGCUGCGGGAGGAGGUGCUCCGGCACGGUGCUGCAGGACAGGGGACGGAGCUGCAAGGUCUCCUCACGCACCUGGAUCAGGUGGGCACGGGGCGAAAUCCCUGCAUCCGGGAGGCGCGGCGCAGGGCCGUGCUGGAAGUUCAGGCGCUCAUCACCUUCCUAGACCUCUGGGAAGCCCUCGGACGGCGUAACCCCGGAUCAGACGAGCCUCCGCCUCAUGCAGCCGUGUGGCGUGUCUUAGCCAGCCUGUGCGACCUGCAGGCUCAGGCUUUGGGCUUUGAUGGCAAGAGGGCUGACAAGAGCUACAUGGUAUUAGAGGAGCUACUGACCAAACAACUUCUGGCUCUUGAUGCUGUGGACCCUCAGGGUGACCAGGGGACCAAAAAUGCCCGUAAGCAAGCUGUUAAACAUGCUCAGAAUAUCCUUAGUUACCUGGAUAUGAAGACAGAUGAGUGGGAGUACUGAGAGGCCCAUUAAAGAGACUGGGAAUAAGGAGCUGCAAGGAAAAAGGCAAAAGGUUUUUUGCCUCUUGUGCGACAUAUGAGGACACGGUCGUGCCGAGGAUACAGGCCAUGGGCGGAAUUUUUCAUUUGUAUAUAAAAGACUAUGUAUCGCCGUGGGCAGCGAGACUGUUACCCAUGAUGCACUGCACCUGCUGCUUUUAUUGGUCCAUUACUGGUCCCUGAAAGCUGCCUUUCUCCUAGCAGAAGGAAACAUGGUUUCUACUGCAUAUGAAGCAUUUGUUUUCAUGACAAUAACCCAUGAUCUUUUUAGUUGAAUCUGUGCUGUUGAUUGGUGUGGUGUGGUGCUAAACCCAGUUUGGCUGCCAAAAUCUGCUUCUUGCUUUUUCCCAGAUGCCCGGAUGGAGCACAUUUCAGUCUUUAUCGCGGUGUGAGUACAUCAGCUCUAUAAACAACAACUGACCCAAAGGGAACAAUAUUUUAGCAUUUCCUUGUAUCUUCUACAUAUAUGUCCCAGUUUAUGUUAAAGGGAUAGUUCACCCAAAAAUAAAAAUUCUGUCAUUAAUUUACAAACAUUGGUUUGUGAUAUCAGUUUAAAGGUGAAGUGUAAUUUCUGUGCCGUUUGUGUCAACAAAUGGACAGUGUUUAUACACUUUUUAGGGUAUUUAACAUGAAAUGACACACUUCACCUUUAAAGAAGACUCAAUGACAGCUAAAAAAAAAUCAAUCAGACUUCUAAACCUCCCUGUAGUUUUGUCAGAUUUCAUAGAGGACUGUGACCAAAAUGCAAUGAGGAGACGUUUCUUUUUACUAUGGAGGACAAAGAAUAGAAACUAGUUCACAGGGUUUCUUGUCUUCUCCAUUGGUUUUUUUUGCUGUUAGGCAAAAAGUGCCUGUGCAAGUGACUAGGGAAUCAAGCAGAGACUGUGUGUGUGUGUGUCUGUGAUUGUAAAAAAAAAAAAAAGUGGUGCGUGCUAUUUUGGUGGUGAGACUGAUCAAAGUGGACAGGGUUGUUCUAGGACAUUUUCAUCGGAGCGGCAGGGAAAGACGGCAAGCUAUCAAACAAACUCAAACACUGGCUACAUUCACACAGAUCAAUGUGACCCAAAUUCUUUUUUUCUGUUACACAUGAUAGAUCUGGGGUUUUGGGAUGACAGUACUAUGAACCAAUAUAGAUUUUGUUUACUUUCAUAUGUGGGUAAAAAAUCGGAUGAAGUGAGUUCCCAUGUGACUUUAGUGUGAAUUUAGAGGAUUUUCGUCAUAUUUGCACAUUGGAUUUACCCUUGGUUUGACUCAAACAAAUGUAUGAAUUACACUAUAAAAGUACUACACAUAAA